UGAUCAGUUUAGCUUCUGAGCGUCAUAUCGCAUAGCGUAAUCGAUCGGUUUACCAUCGUGUCGUGACAACUACUCGUGCCUCAUUCAUGUAAACGUCAUUAAAUAUGUCUCACCUAUAGCCAUAUAUACAAUGGUUUCAUCUACCACCUUGUCACAAUUCACAUAUAUACCGAUCAAGUGUAACGAAAUGCUUGUAUGAAAUACAUUCAUGUCUAUUCGUAGUACAAUGGAAAAUCACGAGGAAGAUGAUUUAGAGGAAUUGCGCUCUACAAUCUAUACAUUCCCACCAGAUGUGCAGAACGUCAUCGAACAGGUCUUACCUAGUACCGAUCCUUUGGACCAAUCUAAUUUUAAUGUGGUGGAUUAUAUAAAUUCUCUAUUUCCUACAGAACAAUCUUUGUCAAAUAUUGAUGAUGUAGUGAAUGAUAAUAUAUUUGAUAAAGAUAUACGAUCAGUCGUACGUGGGCAGACUAAUGUAGGCCAAGAUGGUAGAGCAGCGUUAGAAGAUGCACAAAAAGUGAUAAGGCAAUUAUUUGUCCAUAUAAAAGACAUAAAAGAUAAAGCGGAACAAUCGGAGGAAGUGGUCAAAGAGAUCACGAGAGAUAUUAAACAACUGGAUUUUGCUAAAAGAAAUCUUACUGCCUCAAUAACAGCGCUAAAUCACCUACACAUGCUUGUAGAAGGAGUAGAUGGUUUAAAAAUAUUAACACAAAAGAAACAAUAUGGAGAAAUUAUCUUACCAUUACAAGCAGUGAUGGAAGUGAUGCAGCAUUUUAACAGCUAUAUGGAUAUACCACAAGUGAAGCAGUUAUCUGAUCAAGUACAUCAGAUUCAUGUUGAGUUGGCCCAGCAGAUUACAGCAGAUUUCAAACAAGCUUUUUCAGGCCAGAAUCCAAAGCAUUUCAAUCAGUUAACAGAGGGAUGUUUAGUAUUAUCAGUAUUAGAUCCUAAAGUGAAGAAAGAUCUGCUCAUUUGGUUCGUAAAUAUCCAAUUACAAGAAUAUGCACAUUUGUUUGAUGAAAAUCAAGAUUUUGCUUGGUUGGAUAAAAUAGAUCGAAGAUACGCAUGGAUCAAGAAACAUCUACUCGAUUUUGAAUCCAAGUUCGGUACAAUCUUUCCUCAAGAUUGGGAGAUCUCCGAACGUAUAGCCGUACAGUUCUGUCACGUUACACGUGAAGAUCUCACUAAAUUGAUGAACAAGAGACGUAGUGAAAUAGAUGUUAAAUUAUUGCUUUAUGCAAUUCAGAGAACCAGUAACUUUGAAUCAUUAUUGGCAAAACGUUUUAUCGGAAGUACUUUGGAGACUGUCGAAACUAAAAGUGCAAUAGUCAAUAACGACGCGACUGAAAAAGUUCCGGGGAAUCCUUUUGAAGAAGAAAAUGAGAAGGUUGAAACUGAAAAAUCAAAACCUUCUCCAUUCGCAAAUCUUAUAGGAAGAUGUUUUGAACCAUACCUGAAUAUCUAUAUAGAAAGUUUAGAUCGCAAUUUAGCAGAUCUGAUGGAUAAGUUCGUGUCCGAUUCUAAAACACAACCACCAGGUGCCAAAGAAUUUGAUGGCAUUGAAGGUCCGAGCAGUGUCUUGAGCUCAUGUGCCGAUCUAUUUGUGUUUUACAAAAAGUGUAUGUUACAAUGUACUCAACUUAGUACUGGUUUAAUUAUGCUGAGUCUUACCGAGACCUUUCAAAAAUACCUACGAGAAUAUGCAGUCAAGAUCUUACAAAAUAAUUUGCCAAAAAUCGGAGGUAAUGCAGGUAUCGGCACCAGUAUGAGCAAUAUCACACGUGAUUUUCGAGAUCUAUCAACAUCAGGUUUUAUACAAAAUUUUCAGAGUUUCUUAAAAGAAGGAGAAAUUGCCAGAUUUAACAAGGAGGAACAAUCUCGUAUAUGCUGUAUCUUAACAACAGCAGAAUAUUGUUUAGAGACGACACAACAAUUACAAGGGAAGCUUCGUGAGAAGACAGAUGAAUGUUAUUCUGAAAAAAUUGUUUUAGCUCAAGAACAAGAUAAUUUUCAUAAGGUGAUUUCUCAUUGUAUCCAAUUAUUAGUUCAAGAUUUAGAAACAGCUUGUGAAUCCGCGUUGACUGCUAUGACUAAGAUGCAAUGGAGUUCUGUGGAAGUAGUAGGUGAUCAAAGUAAUUAUGUUAAUACCAUAAUAGGACAUCUUCGACAAACAAUACCCACCAUUCGAGAUAGACUAUCUUCUUGUCGAAAAUAUUUCACACAGUUUUGUGUCAAGUUCGCUAGUUCUUUUAUAGCAAAAUUAGUACAACAGUUAUUUAAAUGUAAACCAUUAAAUGCCGUUGGCGCAGAACAACUAUUAUUAGAUGUGCACAUGUUAAAAACAGCUUUGUUAGAUCUUCCAUCAACUGGUUAUCAAAUACAAAGAAAAGCUCCAAUAACAUAUACCAAGGUUGUGAUUAAAGGAAUGGCAAAUGCUGAAAUGAUAUUAAAGAUUGUAAUGUCUUCGAUUGAAUCUGCGACAGAUUUUGUCAAACAAUGCAGAAUGCAUUUGCCUGACUUGAAAUCCUCGGAAUUUCAAAAAAUUUUAGAUAUGAAGGGAUUGAAAAAAACUGAACAAGUUCAAUUUGUUGAUCAAUUUAAACAACUUGAAAACGCGAAUACCGCACACGCUACAAAGAAUCAUGUAGUUAAUGAUAGCCCAGAGCAUGAAGCUGGAAGAAUUAAAAGACUAGAAAAGCUAGUCAAGAAGAGGAUUUAAAAAUAUUAAAUAUUGUAAUACUUUCUCAUUGUACAUAUUUAACAUAGG